ACACACACACACACACCCCCCCUCCAACAACAACAAAAAAAAUCAGCCACUGUCACUCAGCUCCGUCUCUGCUUUCACUCCUGCCUUUGUUCCUGUUUUCUGCCUCCAGCUGAGAUAACUCGUCCCUUAAUCUCUUUGCGUCAUGAUGACUCAGCGUGUCUUCUCCUCUAUCUGUCUCCUUAACUCAGCAGGAGAAGAGGACGCAUCCUCGCAUGCACAACCGGAUUCUGUGAUUGACUUAAACGAGCGCUUUGAGCGACACUUUGACAGAACGGGCCAGCUUGACUUUGUUACUGAAGAGAGAAAAUAAGACGUAAAAAACAGAGGGGUUGAAACAUCACCACAUGUGAGCUUUUUAAAGAGUUGAGUUUUCCUCCUAAGGGAUCGUAAAGGCUCGCAGGGCUCUUCUCCUUUUCUUUCUCUCGUGUGGCAGCGGCUCAUCUCAUCCUGCCCGACUGAACGCCGCUGUCCUUAAUCUCUAAUCCAAUCACACCUUCCAAGCCAGUAGAUUAACCUGAUGGGAAGAACAAAGUGAACCAAGUCACGGAGAAUGAAGAGAUUCCUUCUCAGUUUCAUUUCUACUCUUUGAUUUCCUUGUCCUAAAAACAUGUUGAGGAGGUGGUGAUUAUCUUGCCUUUGGUUUCUGCCUGCUCAGAAACAUUUCAUUAAACUCAAAUAAUUAAUUUGCAUGUAGAGUAAGAAUACGGUUUAAUGUUUAUAUAUAAAGAGUGACAUGUUAGACUUAAAGACAGAGUAGGGAGGGUCAUCCCUUCACCAUCCGAGGAACACAAUUGCAGCAUGCUGUUGAAUACUGUCAAUCAAUCAAUGGUGUAAAUUGGCUGGAAAAGCCGCAGUGUGAAUAAAACACAAAAUGAUGUGAUAACAAAUAACUAAAAACAGAAAAAUAUAUCUGAUGUGCAUUUUGAUUUUGUACUUUGACCAAUGUCUUAUCUGUUUGCAUAGAGGUGGCGGGGCUUAUGAGCCAGUCUAAUUCUUUUGGCUUCACUCCAAGGCGGCUGAUUCUCUACGUCCAUGUUAACACACAGUCUAUGGGCAAAGUUGCCACGUUUGCACUGUCGCUAACAAGCUAAUCUUUCAGCAAUAUACUGCUGCCUUACUGCAAUUUUUUUCCACUUCAAUUAACCUGUGCUAUAAUAUUUUAUAUUCUCUAAAUACUUUCAUUUCCAUUUUUUGCUGGCUACUUUUGCCGAAGCUACAAAAUCAGACAGUUAGAUACUUUAGAUCAGAGCUACAUGUUCUUUUUUUUCAUUUCCUCUUCUAUAUGUAAUUCUAUAACUGUCAUGGUUUUCAAACGUUUUAAAAUACAUGCGCUAAAUAUAAGCAAACUGUAUCGUCUGAACAACAGAAGUGAAACACAUCUAUGUGUACAUCUUACAUCUUAGCUCACUCACUGUUACCAAAGUGUUACAUCUCAAAGCUCAAAACUAAAUCUGAAACUAGCAGCGGACCUAACCAGAGACGGUUAUCCCCUCCAUCUAACUAAUCAUUUAACUUGACUUUGCUCUUAUGCUACAUGAUGUUAAAAUAACAGCAGUCAGAUUUACACCAAAAGCUGUUCCCCCCCCCCUCUCUCUCUCUCUCUGUCUCUCUCUCUCUCUCUCUCUCUCUCUGUCUCUCUCUCUCUCUCUCUCUCUCUCUCUCUCUCUCUCUCUCUCUGUCUCUCUCUCUGUCUCUCUCUCUCUCUCUCUGUCUCUCUCUCUCUAUCUCUCUCUCUCUCUCUCUCUCUGUCUCUCUGUCUCUCUCUCUGUCUCUCUCUCUGUCUCUCUCUCUCUCUCUCUCUCUCUGUCUCUCUCUCUCUCUCUCUCUCUCUCUCUCUCUGUCUCUCUCUGUCUCUCUCUCUGUCUCUCUCUCUCUCUCUCUGUCUCUCUCUCUCUGUCUCUCUCUCUCUCUCUCUCUCUGUCUCUCUGUCUCUCUCUCUGUCUCUCUCUGUCUCUCUCUUUCUCUCUCUCUCUGUCUCUCUCUCUCUCUGUCUCUCUCUCUCUCUCUGUCUCUCUGUCUCUCUCUCUCUCUCUCUGUCUCUCUCUCUCUGUCUCUCUCUCUCUGUCUCUCUCUCUGUCUCUCUGUCUCUCUCUCUGUCUCUCUCUGUCUCUCUCUUUCUCUCUCUCUCUGUCUCUCUCUCUCUCUGUCUCUCUCUCUCUCUCUGUCUCUCUGUCUCUCUCUGUCUCUCUCUCUCUCUCUCUGUCUCUCUCUCUCUGUCUCUCUCUCUCUCUCUGUCUCUCUCUCUCUCUCUCUCUCUCUGUCUCUCUGUCUCUCUCUCUCUCUCUGUGUCUCUCUCUCUCUCUCUGUCUCUCUCUCUCUCUCUCUCUCUCUGUCUCUCUCUCUCUCUCUCUCUCUGUCUCUCUGUCUCUCUCUCUCUCUCUCUGUCUCUCUGUCUCUCUCUCUGUCUCUCUCUCUCUCUCUCUCUCUCUCUCUCUCUCUCUCCUCUCCUCUCAUCCAACUGACCCGGUUCAUUGUUUAUAACCAUAAAAGUCCUGGCAGGCGAGCUCUCUCACUGAGGCAGCAUAUUCCUCAUAGCAAGAACAUGACUCACUUCUGUGUGUGUGUGUGUGUGUGUGUGUGUGUGUGUGUGUGUGUGUGUGUUGUUUGAGGACCUCAGAUUCUCUUUCAAGUAAAUAUUCCAGCUUUGUUUAUUGUUACAAGUAUUUCCCCCAAGGCCAAAACAUCCACUGGAAAUUUGACAAAUUGCCAUUUAAAGCGCUGCAUGUGUGUGUUUAUGUACAUUGUAACAGGACAUGUGUGUGUUCAGCCUCGUAAUGUCUAUAACCUCAUAAUCCAGCUGUUCCUAUUUGAAGAAUACGACCCUCUUUGGGCUGAG